GCUUGAACACAAACAUGCCAUCACAAGCAGUUUCCUGUCAGAUAGGAGGUGGUGAAGAGGUGUGUGAGUGUUCAUGCAACAAGAAGAAAUCAGUCCUCAGUGAUGGCAAAGGAAAAAUACGGUGACUCCCGGAGGUUUGACCCUAAUUUUAAAGGGCCCAUUCACAACAGGAGCUGUACUGAUGUUCUUUGCUGUCUGCUCUUCACUCUGGGCAUGCUGGGUUAUUUGGCAGUCGGAUAUAUGGCCUGGUCUCAGGGUGACCUGCGGAAGGUGAUUCACCCCACAGACAGCAGGGGGCAGUUCUGUGGUCAGAAGGGAACCCCACUGGAGAAGAAGCCCUUGCUGUUUUAUAUUAAUGGUCUGAAGUGUGUCAGUUUGACGGUGCUGCUGGAGUUCCAGUGUCCCACCACACAGAUCUGUGUGGAGAAAUGUCCAGAGCGGUCGCUGAGUCUAUCGAAUGCUAAACACAAAAAGGACAUGCAGUACUACUCACAGUUCUGUCAGGAGGGAGUGAACACUGCACUGCCGGAUACUCAACUCACAAAAGAUGAAAUGUGUCCAGGGAUGAUCAUUCGUAGCGAGCCGAUUAUGCACAGGUGUCUCCUAAUCCUGCAGAAGACAGAAAGUGGCGCAGUCGUCAGUGUUGAUAACACUACUAUCAACGUCAACUUAAAUGCCACAAGCAAGACGUCCGACAUCGUUGUAGAAGCUCGGCAGGUGGCCAUGAAGAUCUUUGAGGAUUACACUAAGUCCUGGCGCUGGAUCCUGCUUGGAUUAGUGAUUGCCAUGGUCCUCAGCAUGGUCUUCAUUGUUCUUCUGCGUUUUCUGGCUGGGGCCAUAAUCUGGACGAUAAUCAUCUCGGUCAUCCUUGUUAUUGGUUACGGUACCUUCUACUGUUAUAUGAAGUACGUAGCUCUGAAAGGCCAAGCUGGAUCAAAUGUUACCUUACAGGAUCUGGGGCUGCAGACAGAUUUCUACAUCUACCUGCAGAUCCAGCAGACCUGGAUAGCCUUCACAAUUAUCCUGGGUAUCGUGGAGCUGGUGAUCCUUCUCAUCCUCAUCUUCCUCAGAAACAGAAUCGUCAUCGCCAUUGCUCUCAUUAAAGAGGCCAGCAGGGCUCUGACUCAUAUGAUGUCAUCGCUGUUCUACCCUCUGCUGACCUUUGCGCUCGUGUCUCUGGUGAUCGCGUACUGGGCCGUCACCUCUGCCUUACUGUCCACCUCCAAUCAGCCGAUCUUUAAAGUUUUCAACACCACAGAGUGUAAAUACUCCGGACAGAUCUGCGACCCUCAGAAGUUCAACAGCUCUGAGGUCUUCACGCAGUGCCCAGAUGCGGAAUGUCUGUUUGCGUUCUAUGGCGGAGAGACAUUCCUCCAUAAGUACCUGAUCGUGUUCCAGUUCUAUAACCUGUUCAUGUUCUUCUGGUGUGUGAACUUUGUGACGGCGUUGGGUCAGAUGACCCUGGCCGGGGCCUUCGCCUCCUACUACUGGGCCUUCAACAAACCAGAUGAUAUCCCGGCGUUCCCCAUCUUCUCCUCACUCGGACGGGCCCUCAGGUAUCAUACAGGCUCCUUGGCCUUUGGUUCUCUGAUCCUCUCCAUCAUUCAGGUGAUCAGGGUGAUCCUGGAGUAUCUUGAGAAGAAACUGAAAGUUGCUGAAAACAAAGCUGCUAGGUUCAUCCUGAGGUGCCUGAAGUGCUGCUUCUGGUGUUUGGAGAAAUGCAUCAAGUUCCUCAACAGAAACGCCUACAUCAUGGUCGCCAUUUAUGGUAAAAACUUCUGCACGUCUGCUAAGAAUGCUUUCUUCCUCCUGAUGAGGAACAUUGUCCGAGUGUUCGUGCUGGACAAAGUGACUGACUUCCUGUUGUUUCUGGGAAAGCUGCUGAUAGUGGGGAUUGUGGGAGUCUGCUCUUUCUUCUUCUUCUCAGGGAAGAUAAAGGUUGUGGAGGAAGCGGCUCCAUCACUAAACUACUACUGGGUUCCCAUUGUGACGGUGGUGUUUGGCGCCUACAUCAUCGCCCACGGCUUCUUCAGCGUCUAUGGCAUGUGUGUGGACACUCUGUUCCUGUGCUUCUUGGAGGAUCUGGAGCGCAAUGAUGGAUCUGAAGAGAGGCCGUACUUCAUGUCCAAGAGUCUCCAGAAGAUACUUAAUAAAAAGAACAAGGUUAUGAGCAAAUAAACCUCCAGAGAGAAGAGACAAAGGAGAAAAAACAGUAGGAGAAAGUGGGAGAACUCAGUGAUCAGAGAUGGUUUUAUUUGUAUUAACAGUGUGGACGGUGUCAGAUCACUUUACUGUUCAUUCUGACCAGUCGGUUCAAACAGUGCAGAGUGUAAUAUUGUGAGUUUUGAGCUGUUUCACUGUUACUGAGUGUUACAUUUGCAUUUUAGAGGUUCAAUUCUUUAAUAUUCAUCUGUUCUGACUGUAUAUUUACAGUUUGUUACUGUUUGUUUACUUUUUUCCCCACAUUGUUUGUUGUUUUAAUGUAUACUGUCCUGUCUGAGUUUUUUUUUUGCUGAUUUUGCUGAUAUAUUUUCGCAUCAGAAAUCUUUCUUUUGCUUUUGACUUUUGGCACUUUUUAACAAGGGGCGGGUCUUAGAAAAGGGCGCUCACCUGCACUUUCUAUUGGUCAACUGAUUUGAGUGACAGGUCUUCUGAACAUGUAGGUGGGCUGCACCAGCAAGUAUAAAGCUGAAUCUCUGAUUUAAUCAAAAUUGAUCUAUUAAUUCUGUAGCACCAAACGUUAAACCUAGUUUAAAAAUAAUCAGGAAUACAUUUAAACCAUCAUUUUAAUUCUGGAUUACUUUUACUGUAAAUCUAGAUUGAAUUUAAUUUUGUUGCACCGUUAUUUUUGAAGUGUAUUUAGAAAGGAACCUUUUUAUAGAAGAAGGUAAAAACACUCUUAACAUUGAGUAUAAGCUGAUGUCUGAAGUUCCAAGUAUCUAGGAGUUCCCUGUGUGCUCUGUUUGUGCAGGGGAUAGGAAUGUGAACCAGGGGGGGGCCUCCGGGUCC